AGCUAAUUUCCAUAUUUUCAAGCAUUUCUAUUUGCUUCGGCGCCGGGCCCGCGUCGCUCCUUUCCCUUCUCUCCCGGACUUUCAUUUCAACAGCCAGCAAUCUGUUCAAGCUCCAUGGCUUGCUCGUUGAAAGAGUGAAAAUCGAUACUAUACGAUUGCAGAACAGGAAAUGAAGCAAGGCAUAGACAUGUCACAUCACCAUCACCAUCACCCCGGCAUUAACAGCAGUAGCAGCGGCAACAUUCCGGUGAGCGAAGUGUACUGGACUCUGGUUGCCAAGGCCGACAAGAAGUUCUCGAAGAUUCGCGAUUUGCCGUAUUACCAUCGCAACCGGUAUGAUACAUACUUCUCCAAAGUUUUCAAGGUUUAUACACAGUUGUGGAAGUUCCAACAAGAGAAUAGACAGAAACUGGUGGAAGCAGGCCUCAAAAGAUGGGAGAUAGGGGAUAUUGCAUCUCGGAUUGGUCAGCUUUACUUUGGGCAGUAUAUGAGGACUAGUGAGGCCAGUUAUUUAUCUGAGUCUUAUAUAUUUUAUGAGGCAGUUUUGACUAGGGAGUACUUCAAAGAUGGGAUGUUCCAGGAUGUUAAUCUUGCCUGCAAACAAUUGAGGCUUAUUUCUCGAUUUCUUACUGUCUGUUUGGUGUUGAAUCGACGAGAGAUGGUGUACCAGUUGGUAAAUCAGCUCAAAAUGUUGCUUGAUGAAUGCAAGAGGGCAUUCCAGGAAACUGAUUUUAAAGAAUGGAAGGUGGUGAUUCAGGAAAUAGUUAAAUUUCUAAAAGCUGACACAGCUUUUAUGAAUAUCAGACCGUUGAGGUAUAGUGUUGCAGUGGACCUUCAUAUAGAUUGUCUGCCACAUGUCGUUGAAGCAAAGAGAAAGCUGAGGUUAAGAGAUGCAAUAUUGUGCAGUUACCAUCCUAAUGAGGUCAAAUUCUCAGAACUGACUCUUGACACUUUCAGAAUGCUACAAUGUCUGGAGUGGGAACCCAGUGGUUCAUUUUACCAGACAAGUGGAGCUCCUUCAUCUGGGGCUGGAUCUAGCACUGGCCAGAAUGGAACUCCUGGGCCUAGUUGUGUUAACUAUUCACAAGAUAUAAUUGAUCCUACUUUGCCUCCUAACCCACGCAAAGCCAUUUUAUACCGCCCAACCCUUACAAGUUUUAUAGCAGUUUUGGCAACAACCUGCGAGGAGCUUCCUCCAGAUGGUGUACUCUUAAUAUAUCUAUCAGCUUCAGGAAGCUGUCAAAACUAUGUUUCAUCCCUGUCUCAUAGUGGAGCUUCUUUGGGCAUUCCAGAAAACAUUUUCAGGGGCUUCCAGUCUCAAUUCAAUGACUCUGAAUCUGCAUCCACAUCUCCCCUGAACCCUGAAUAUGAUAAUUCAAAUCCUGCUUCUGCCAAAGAGGACCCCUUAAGUCGUCAUAGUGGUGGAUUACAUAUUGGCUCUCGAGGUGGUGGAGGUUUGAAUGAUGUUUUCCCCUGUGACUUGCUGCCAUUUACAAGAAAGCCACUUUUCCUGGUGAUUGACAGCAACAUUAGUGGAGAUUUCAAGGCUUUAAAUGGAGCAGAAAAAGGGGAGUCAGUUGCCAUGCUCCUAUCUCCAACCACUUCAUUCCCUCUACCUGCCAUGGACACCUCUCGUCAGCCAAAUCAAAGCUCAUUCACCAUUUUCCUCGCAGCUCCUCUUCAGGCUUUCACUCUCAUGCUUGGUUUUACUGGCUCUGAUGUUGAAAUGGAUUUGUUCAAUAAGGCCGAGAAGCUUCUUUCAUCCUCGUUAAAUCAGUGGGGUCAAUUAUUGGCAACAUCAGACAAUCUUAAUGCCGUCUGGGCUCAAAUUUUAAGCGACCCAUUUCUGAGGCGACUCCUUUUAAGAUUUAUAUUCUGUCGAGCAGUGCUGGCGCUCUAUGCUUCUAGUUUCAACAAGACAGAAUAUCUCCCUGAAUGCAUCCCUCCCCUUCCAGAUUCCGUCAACCCCACAAGUCCCACAUGUCAAUCAACGAUUCGGCAACUGGCAGAAAUAUUUGGGGCAGCCAACAAGUUCAGUUUCUCAGAGGACAUAAUACUCCCUGAAAACAGAAAUACAGAGGAUUAAAGAUUUGAAGUUAAUAUACUGUCUGCUGUUAAUACCACCAGGCAGUUGGGGGGCACGAAGGAUUGAAGGAAACCGUGUUAACUCUCCUCUUUCUCAUCAUUUCUUGGUCUGACUGUUACUGUAUUUUGUAUGUUAAGUUGUUAACUUUGGCCUCUUGUCAAGUCAACUGGAUACAUAAACAUAAUAUCCAAAUUGAAGCCUGGGUGGUAUACAUAUAGGUCAAAAUGCAUUUGGAUUUUUGACAAUGGCCGUAUUUGGUAAAAUAGUUAUAGCUUAUCAGCCAAUUUUGGUUUAUUUGACUA